CCUAUCUUAAUCACACUUCGGAGAAAGUUUCAGAUUGUAUCCGGACAGACCAAAUCGUAACAAGAUGGGGCAAAUUUUACUGGUUUUCAUUUUGUCGGUAAUGAUUGCAUCAUCAUCACAGCAAUCAUUGGGAGUAGAAGAUGGACGAAUCACUGACUCACAGAUCACUGCUAGCAGCUGUUUUGAUCAAAAUCACUGCACCGAUCGAGCUAGACUCAACCAACCACAGAGUGGUAGUAAGAAGGGAGCAUGGAGUGCAAGAACUAACAACCAAGACCAGUUCAUCCAAGCAGAUUUACGACAGCUGCAUGACGUCAUUGGGGUAAUGACCCAGGGUCGAAAUGCCCACAGUCAGUGGGUGACGAGUUUCCGGGUAAUGUACAGUACAGAUGGACUGACUUGGACGGCUGUUCAGAAUGCUAUGAUGGCUGGUAAUGAGGUCUUUCCUGGUAAUACGGACAGGGAUACUGCUGUGACGAAUCUCUUCUCUCCCAGCAUUGUAGCUCGUUUCAUUAGGAUUGAACCAGUGACUUGGUCUGGCCACAUCAGUUUGAGAUUCGAGAUUCUGGGAUAUGUUACACCAAAGAUUGAAGGACUCCAGAUAGCUUUGGGUAUGAAGGAUGGCCAGAUACCUGACAGUGCCAUAACUGCUUCAUCAGAGUAUGAUGCCAACCAUGGAGCCGAGCGAGCACGUCUGGAUACCGUUGCUGCCGGUGGGAGAAAGGGGGCGUGGUCGGCACGGACCAAUGACGUAGACCAGUGGUUGCAGGUUGAUCUGAACAGUUUCUACAUGAUAACGGGUGUCAUCACUCAAGGUCGACAAGACACUAAUCAGUGGGUGACCACAUUCAAUGUGUCAUCCAGUGGUGAUGGAACAACCUGGACUUACAUCCUUGACUGCGAUGGGGAACCAAAGACAUUUGAUGGAAACGUCGAUCGUUACACUAAGGUAACAACUGAAUUUAAUCGACCAGUCAUUGGCCGUUUCCUUCGCAUUCAUCCUACUUCUUGGAAUAAUCACAUCAGCAUGAGAUUGGAAGUUCUUGGAAAGGGACCGGUUGCUAGCCAACGCUUUGCCCCAAUGAAACUUGGAAUGGAAGAUGGAGGGAUUGCGGAUGAUCAGCUUUCCGCCAGUACAUGUUAUGAUUCAAACCACUGUGUCGACAGGGCAAGGCUAAAUCAAGUAGCAGGUGGUGGAAAGACAGGUGCUUGGUCUGCCCAAGUCUUAGACCAUUCACAAUGGUAUCAAGUAGAUCUUGAAGUAGACUAUGAACUGCGUGGGAUCGUACUCCAAGGAAGAUCAGAUUUAAAUCAGUGGGUGACCGGUUACAAGGUUCAGUAUAGACCUGAUGGUCAGUCAACAUUCACAGAUAUAGAAGACGACGAUGGAGAUGCUAUUACAUUCACAGGGAAUAGUGACAGGAAUACUCCAGUGACCAGCAAGUUUCCUCUUCCAGUCGUCACUCGGUAUGUCCGUAUUCUACCUGCUAGUUGGCAUGGCUACAUCAGUAUGCGCUUUGAGCUGCUUGGAGAGGGGCCAAUCAAUGUCGUUGCCACUCCUGGAAAACUUGGAAUAGAGGAUGGAAGCAUAGAAUCUACUCGUCUCUCUGCUUCUUCGUGCUGGCGAAAUGACCAUUGCGUCGAUCGCUCCAGACUUAAUCAGCCACACGAAGGAUCUCUUAUUGGAGCAUGGUCUGCCUUAACAAACAAUGAAAACCAGUGGAUACAAGUUGACCUACUUGCAGCCUUUGAAGUUACUGGGGUUAUCAUACAAGGACGGAACAGGGGUGCCCAAUGGGUGGAGUCAUAUGGCAUAUCCUACAGCAUUGAUGGCAAGGACUGGAUUUUGGUAGACGACUGCGAUAGAGAACCAAAGACCUUUGUUGCUAAUUUUGAUAGUAACAGUCUGGUUGAAAAUGGUAUCAGCCCACCGGUGACAGCUAGGUUCUUCCGUAUCCAUCCUUUGACAUGGCACAACCAUAUCAGCUUGAGAUGGGAACUCCUAGGAGAGGGUCCAUUCACAUUGGCAGAUGCAUCUCACACACUUGGUCUUGAAGACUACCGCAUCCCUGAUGGCUCCAUAACCGCUUCCACUGAGUUUGAUUCCAACCAUGCCGCAAGACGGGCUCGCCUAAAUCUUCCGUCGAGUGGAGCAUUGAAAGGUGCUUGGUCCGCUAGCACACUGGAUCACAGUCAGUGGCUUCAGGUUGACCUACGGGGUACCUACCGUGUCACUGGAGUCAUCACCCAAGGAAGAUUUGAUGCUAAUCAGUGGGUCACCGAAUAUAAGGUUGCUCAUAGCUUGAAUGGAUUGAUCUUUGAUACUAUUCGUGCUGCGGCAUCCACCCAAGACAAGGUUUUCGAUGGAAAUAGCGACCGAAACACUCAAGUCACCAACUACUUUUCCCCUCCACUGACCACUCGCUUUAUCCGAAUACUGCCAACUAUGUGGUAUGGACACAUCAGCAUGCGUAUGGAACUUCUUGGAGCUGGACCUGUUGCAGCCAUCUUGAACGACCCUGUUCCUCUGGGCCUUGAGAGUUAUGUCAUCCCAGAUUCCAGCCUUACAGCUUCUAGUGAAUGGAACGCUGAUCAUGGCGCAAAGAGAGCUCGGCUUAAUCUUGCCCGAGUUGGGGACCUCCGCGGAGCCUGGUCUGCUCAAACAAACAAUGCCAACCAGUGGAUCCAGGUUGAUCUGUCAGACACUUACCGCAUUAUUUCGGUGGCGACUCAAGGGCGUCAGGAUGUAAGCCAAUGGGUUACAGGGUACAAGCUAGCUUGUAGCACUGACGGUACUACCUUUGACACCGUACAGGGAAUCUGUACAAACUCUGGAGCAGACAGGAUCUUCACUGCCAAUUCUGACCGUGACACCAUUGUGACCAACACCCUACCUGUGCCCCAGAAUUGCCGCUAUGUUCGUCUGAUGCCCGUCACUUGGUAUAGUCAUAUCAGUCUCCGUAUGGAACUAUAUGGUGAAGGCCCUCUCACAGUGUGAAUGUUCAACAUGCCAGACCUGACCAGGAAAUUGAUUUAAUGGAAUGAUUACUCACAUUGAAUGGAAACAUUUAGUUUCAAUCAUCCUUUCUCUAUUAAAUAUCUAUGGAAAUAACUAUGAAUAAUUUUUCAGCAUUUACAUGUAUCUCUUAGAAUUAUCAGGUUUUGGGAUCUUUAUGCGAGUAUGUCCUUCCAUUUUCAACAAAUUUACGCAUAUUAAUCGUCUAUAUAAUUUGGUUCAUGGGUUGGUUUGUCCAAAGUACUACUUUUGAAAUAUUUAUCAUCGUCUUGUUCAAACUAUCAUAGGUAAACAUAAUUCAGUUUUUGAAAAAUCUUACCGAUUUUGAUUUGUAAAAAUGCAAUAAAUCUCUAUUAGUUUAGAUUUAUUACAGUGCAUUUAUUAAAUAUACCAUUGCUUUACUUUGAAUAUACUUUUAAAUAUUACUUUUUACAUGAUAUCAGAUCUGUUACUAUGUAAUGCAAUAAUUUGAAACUUUAUUACAAUGUUCAUAUUAUGUUGUUGGUUUGUAAGGUAAGUUGAUUAUCAUUACAUACAAGUGUACUGUACUGUAGAAGAAUUGUCAACUUUUACUUGUCAUCAGAUUCACUUGCUAUGGAAUACACUUAAUAUUACUGCCUCUGUAGAAGAAUUCCUUUAUCAUUAAUUACAUUAAAAAAAAUCUUAUCUAGGGUGGAGGGGUGAUAUUUCACUAAUAAAAGGGACCUUCUAUUACUUAUUUUAUCAAGGAAACUUAACCGAAUCCCCAUGUCAAAAACAAAAAAACCCAUAGAAGUUGCCUGUAAAAUCAUUGAGACAGAAUGCACCAUAUUUAGCAUUAUUUUUUGUCUGUUUAGCACAUGAAACAUGGAAUGUCUCCAUGGUCUCCUGAAUGUAGUCAAUCUUUUAACCUACAUGAUCCUUUAUUUCCUCUAUGCUCUUUUCUUUCAUGUUUCCCAUAUAUCAAUUUGGACAGUUCUUUUUUUACAUUUUGGCAUUCACCAUGUACCAUUUUAUUAAAAAUAAUGUCUGGUGCUAAGACAGAUUUGUUGCUUUAGUUUGGGUUGAAUUUGGGUCUAAAAAUGAUAAAGAGCUGUUUAUAUGAGACAUAACCCAAGCAUAAUCAUUGUCCUUUUAAUGAAUUUACUUUAGAAUAAAAAGACAUUGUCGGUAUUUGCAUUCAA